CAUGUAUUAUUUACGACUAGCGCCACAGCUUUAACGAUCUGCUUCAUCCCACGCAGUAUUCACGAUGUUUUCGUUUAGUGUAGACCUUUUAGACAUGUUUAAUAUUUCUUACCAAUCUGAUACGAAAAAUAUGUAUAGUAGGAGAUAUUGAAAUGUUUAAAUAAAAUUUCAAAUUAUGAUUACUCUAAAUAUUUCUAUUAUUCAGUAUGAUUGUUGAUUGGUAUGUUAAACUUGUGGUAAAUCAUCCACGAAAAAUAAUAGCAAUUGUCAUUUUUUUUGGAGUGAGUUCAAUCUUAGUUCCAUAUUCAAUUGGACGGUUACCUGAGUUUUCACAUCCAGAGCUUGGCUUUGAAACACGAGGUACUGAUAUCGGUGAUCGACAAGUAGCUUGGGAUAAUUUGAUAAAAACAUUAGAAAAAGGGACUGAAUUAUUAGAUGAUGUAACAAGGGUACCAAUUAAUAUUUUACCUCAGAACUAUGAAGAAAUGACAAAUAAAAAAGAAGAUAAAGUAAAACAAUUGGAAAAUUCCCAGUUAAAUGUUGAAAACUUAAGUGAUGACUCAAAAAUAUCUGUUCUGCAAACCCCUCUAUUGGAUGAUGAAGUUUUUGAGGAAACUGAAGUGAUGACUUUAAAAAAUGAUAAAAAAAUUCGAAAAAAUCGAUUAGAUUUUUUUUGUUCUAAACCAACAUAUGACCAUGCUAGAGUUGUUUUCACUUUAAAAGAAGGUAAUAAUCUCCUUACAUAUGAAGCAGUAAAACAUAUGUGUAUUAUUCAGCAACAGCUAGAAAGUUUGGAUGCUUAUAAAGAUGUUUGUGAUUUGCAAGAUAAUGCGUGUUGUCCUUCGUGGUCAUUAGUUAACUAUAUUACAUUAUUGAAAAAACACAAAUCUUGUUCAGAAAUUACUCCAAAAGAUAUUAAUACAACAUUGACUAUACUUGAAGGAUGUGCUCAUUAUUAUCAUGAUAAUCAGUUAUUAGAGUGGUCAUUAGGAUAUCGAACUAUACCUCGUCAAUGUUUUCAAUUUAAUGUCGUAUAUAAUUUGAUGCACUAUCACUUAGAUGUUAAUUUUAUGCCACCACAUGCUCCUACUCAAACUCUUAAGAGUUCAUUGAUGUUUUUACCAUUUGGAAAAGGAUCUGUAGUACAUGUUUAUGAAGCUAUGAAAGACACAAACUUAUCAACUUCAUUAGUUGAAAUUUCAGCAAUUGAUUUUGGUAUUAAAGAGAAAGUAUUUGAUAUUGAGCUCGUAAGAGAUAUAUACCUUAUUUUCCUUAGCAUUUUAUUCAUAAUGGUUUGUGUAUUAUCUUAUACAUGGUCUUUGAUAAUCACUUUAGUUACUCUUUUAAAUAUAUUGUUUUCCUUAUCUAUUUCCUAUUUUAUAUACACAUUCAUUUUGCAUAUUGAGUUUUUUCCAUUUAUGAAUGUUCUUGCGGUCAUUGUGCUUAUUGGAGUCAGUGCAGAUUCAUCAUUCAUCAUGUGUGAUGUUUGGAAAGUCAUAAAACUCAAUAAUCAUAAUGAUUCUUUAGUUGAAAUAAUUUCAAAGACUUUAAAACAUUCAUUAAUGUCUAUAACACUUUCCACUACAACAACGUUUUGUGCUUUUGCUUCGUCUUUUUUAAGUGCCAUUAAUGGAAUAAGUUGUUUUAGUAUAUUUUCUGCUAUGGCUGUACUUAUUAAUUUAAUAAUAACUGUAAGUCUUUUGCCCUCCUGUAUUGUUAUUUUAAGUACACAGUAUAGAAGUGAAAUAACAAUGCUAAGUGUUGGGUCAGCUGAUAAAUUAAUAAAAAUGGAGCAAUUUUUACGAAAAAUGCAAACAUCAUUUAAUGCUUGGUUAUUGAAAGUUGUAUUCAGGUUUCGAUGGGUUUGGAUUUUACUUAUUUUUAUGUUAAGUCUAAUUAGUAUGUGUAUAAUCAUUAUAUGGCCUGGAAUGAAGCUACCAGAAUCAGUUGAAUUUCAACUUUUUCGAGAAUCACAUCCUUUUGAACAAUAUGAUUUAGUUUAUAAAAAUCAAUUCUGGUUUGAACGAAUUUUACGGAUUGACAAUAAUCCUGAAAAUCGGGUUCCACUACGUUUUGUUUGGGGCAUAUUAGCUAAUGAUACUGGUAAUCAUUUAGAUCCAGAAGAUCAUGGUACUUUAGUAUAUGAUCCUGAUUUUGAUAUUGCUCACCCUAAAUCCCAAGUCUGGUUAUUAAAUUUUUGUAUAACAUUACGUGCUCAACCAUUUUACCGACCAGUAGGUGGUCCACAACUUACAAACUGCUUUAUGGAAACAUUUAUAAAAUGGAUGGAUAGACCUUGUGUUAGUCCAGUAGAUCAUAAUCGUUGGCCUUGUUGUAACAGUUAUCAAUUUCCAUUUCCAAGAAAUAUUUUUCAUUAUUGUAUUUUGAAAGCUAUGUAUAUUAUUUAUAGUACUCCUAGCUCUUUAUUUGUUCCUUCUGCAGCUGGCCCUAAAUUUUCAAAUCCAUUGUUCUAUCCUAAAAAUCAAACACUAAUGCCAAUCAUGAGAGCUGUUGUUGUGGAGUAUGAAAGUAAUUUUGUUUUUACCACAUCCUAUGUGGAUAUGGAUACAUUUUACAAACAAGUUGAAUCUUGGUCUUCAAAAAUAAUGACAACAGCACCGCCUGGUAUGAGAAAUGGUUGGUUUUAUAGCCAUUUAGGUUUUUAUGAUUUGCAAAAAACUUUGAUUGAAGAUACAAUUAUGUCUGCUAUUAUUGCCCUUCUUUUAGCAUUUAUUAUUAUGUUUUUUGUAACCACGAGUAUCUCAUUAACUUUGAUUACUGUUGGAACAAUAUUUUUUAUUAUUUGUUCUACAAUUGCUGUCUUAGUUUUAAUGGAUUGGCGGCUAAAUGUUUUGGAGUCAAUUGCUACUUCAGUAGCUAUAGGUUUAUCUGUAGAUUUUAGUCUACAUUAUACAAUGGAAUAUCAAUUAGCUUGUGAAGAGUUACCUAGAGCAACGGCUGUUUCAAAAGCAUUAUCAUUAUUAGCUUGUCCUUCAUUAAUGGGUGCAAUUACUACUGGUGCAAGUGGAGCAUUUAUGUUACCUUCAGAUGUUUUGCCUUAUGCACAAUUAGGCAUAUUUCUAAUUAUUAUAAUGUUCAUAAGUUGGUUUUAUUCAACUUUUCUCUUGGUUUCAUUACUAUCAAUAUUUGGUUCUAAUUACAGCCAAGGCCCUUACCCAUACCGAUGUUGUAGAAAAUUUCAAAGUAGAGAUAAUAAUGAAAUAAGUAGAAACCAUAUUAGACAUGCUUCUCCAUUUUCUAACAUUGCAUCAGAAUCAACAGUAUCAUGUAUAAGUACAGCUAUAACAAAUCAACCAUCAGGGCAAGAAUUAGAGACAUUAGCUGUACAUUCAUUAAAGCCUCAAACAUCUAAUUUUAAAAAUACCUCUAAAUUAUACUUGGAAACUGAUGAAUUUAUCAAAAUUAAUGAAUCACGAAGUUCAAUGCAUCUAUAGAUGCAUGGAAUUCUUCAUAAUUAUUUAAUAUUAUAUAAGCUUAUUUCUAAAUCAAAAGGUUUUUUAGUUUGUAUAAAAAAAACUACAAAAUUUUAAAUACCUAUUGCGUACUAUUGAUCUCAGAUUAUUAAUGUUUAUUGAAAACUGUUUGUAUUUUAAAGGAAAAUCUGAAAAGUUAAUUAAAAUUUUAACAAAACAGUAAAGCUGUUAACUAAUUUUUAAGUAAUUCUCGAAUUAUAAGUAAUUGAUAAGUGAGAAAAGUGAUGUGACUCUUUGAACAAUUAUUUUUUAUGUUAUAAAAACUAGAACUAUUACCACAAAUUAUUCAUUUAAAAAUGCGUCAACAAUUGUAGGAUAAUUUGUUCUAUAUUUUAAAUUAAAGUAACUUUGAGUCCAGUUUGUGUUCACUUUGGGUAAAUUAUAAUUUGUAGUGAAAAUAUUUAUUAUUUUUGCAUCACUUUAAAAUGUCAUUUUUAAUAAUCUAUAUUCUAUUAUUUUUUUCCAAUAAAUUUUUUAUUUAAUUGCAAAAAAUUGAAAAUAUUCUUUGUAAAUUCUUAUAAAUUCCCAUUAUGUGGCUUUAUUGUAUAUAGUCUUAUAUUAAUAUUUAAAUAGAUUUAAAAAUGUUACUCAACUCUACCAAACUAGUUUGUUUUAUUUUACGCAGAAAUUAUAUAAACAUAUAAAAAAAAAUAAUAUAUGGUAAUGGUUGAUGAUAUACGACAAACAUAUAUAUUUAUAUAUACAGCCAAAAGAUAUCUCAUAAAUUUGGAUUUACUAAAUAAAAUUAGGUAAUUUUUAUUUAUAAUAAGUUUUUCUAACUAUUUAUUUUGUCAUUUAAACUAUAAUUUCGGUUAGCCCAAUUUUAAAGAUUUUUCUGUAUUGAAAAAUUAAUUGUUAUUUUUAAAUAAUUUUGUUAAAUUGCCUUAAAUAUUAAAUAAAUAAUGGAUUUAGAAAAUUAUAUAAGGUUUAUAUUAAUUAAUUAAUUUUAUUUUGUACGAUUUUUUACAGAAAUUUGUAAUUUAUAUAUAUUUAUUCUGUUUGUAUAAUUUUUAUUAAUAUUUGUUUAAGUUUAUAAUGUUACCACAAUAAAGGCACAAAAAAAAUGUUAAUACUUUAACAGUUAUACAUAUAUAUA